AUGGCCACUGCGGACGCUACAGUCAAAGCUGAGGGUGGAGAGUACUGGAGGAAGGAGGUGGAGGAAGACAACUCACCAGAAGCGGCUGUGGCGGUCCUGCCGGGAGGAGAAGCCAGAGACCUUCCUGGACCCCUUCAGACUCAGAGGAGGAAGGCUGACGGAGAAUGCCCACUCGAGGUCCUGAGAGAGCAGCACCCCCUGCAGUACAGGUGGGCUCUGUGGUUCUUCAGGAAUGACCGAAGCCGGGCCUGGCAGGACAACCUGCAGCUAGUCACCAAGUUGAACACUGUGGAGGACUUCUGGGCGACGUACAGCCACAUCAAGUUGGCCAGUAAGCUCUCCUCUGGCUGCGACUACGCUAUGUUCAAGGAUGGCAUCCAGCCCAUGUGGGAGGACAACAGGAACAAGCGGGGUGGCCGCUGGCUGCUCAGUCUUGCCAAACAACAGCGCCACAUUGAACUGGACCGUCUGUGGCUGGAGACGUUGCUGUGUCUGCUCGGGGAGAGUUUUGAGGAACACAGCAAGGAGGUGUGUGGGGCUGUGGUCAACAUCCGCGCCAAGGGAGACAAGAUCGCCGUGUGGACCAGCGAGGCGGAGAACCAGGCGGGAGUGAUGCACAUCGGGCAUGUGUACAAGGAGCGUCUGGGCCUCUCUACGAAGACUAUCAUUGGGUACCAGGCCCACACAGACACUGCUGCUAAGAGCAAUUCCUUAGCCAAGAACAAGUUUGUGGUGUGA